AUGACGGGCAAGCGGCGUCUUAGUAGCGACGAAGAUGCAUCCCCGUCGACGGCGCUGACGCCGGCAGGGCAGACGCAACUAGCCAAGCGCUCGCGCGUAACGGAGAUCGUGGCAGUGGACCAGGCAGUGGUGGCACCCAAGCGCGUGGAGGACCGGACGUCGGGCCUUCAGGCUCCCACUAUGUUGCUGUCGGGCCACAGUGCGGCCGUGUACUCGCUCAAGUUCAGUCCUUCGGGGCAGCACGUGGCGUCGUGCUCUUUUGACCGCAGUAUUUUGCUUUGGGACGUCUAUGGUGAGUGCCGCAAUUAUAACGUGCUGAGUGGCCACAAGAACGCAGUGCUGGAAGUGCAGUGGACCUACGACAGUGCACAGGUUGUGUCUGCCUCGGCCGACAAGACCGUCGGCCUCUGGGACGGUGAGAGCGGCACUCGCAUUAAGAAAUUCGCGGGCCAUUCGUCCAUUGUCAACAGCUGCUGUCCCGUGACCAGCGGCCCCACGCUCAUCGUAAGCGGUAGCGACGACUGCACCACCAAGAUCUGGGACGUCCGUUCUAAGCGCGCCGUCAAGUCGUUUGAGAACAAAUUCCAGGUCACGGCCGUGUGUUUCUCGGGCGACAACUCUCAAGUCAUUACUGGAGGGCUGGAUGGAGACAUCAAGAUGUGGGAUCUCCGCAAGGAUGAGGUGAGCACGGUGCUACAGGGUCACGCGGACAUUGUGACAGGCGUGAGUCUCAGUCCCGACGGUAAUUACUUGUUGUCCAAUGCUAUGGAUUCGACUGUGAGGAAGUGGGAUGUUCGGCCGUUCGUCAAGGGAGAACGUCUCAAGACGACGUACAUGGGAGCCAAGCACAGCUUCGACCGCACGCUUAUUCGCUGUGGCUGGUCGUCCGACAUGCGCUUUGUAGCGAGCGGAUCAGCGGACCGCUACGUGUACAUUUGGGACGCCGAAACGGGGAAUUUACGCUACCACUUGCCAGGGCACACAGGAAGCGUGAACGAAGCCACUUUCCACCCCACAGAACCCAUUGUGGGCUCGUGCAGCAGUGACAAGACCAUUUACCUGGGAGAACUGGCGGAGAUGUAG